AUCGUUUAGAAUAUAAGCCCAGCAAGCGUUACUCCUUUCUCCCUCACUCAGUCACGGUGCCAGUUUUUCACGCACACGCUAACGCCUCUCGUUGUCUCCGGCACCGCGCUGUCGCUUUUGCUGGGCGCCACUGCGGUGCUUCCGAUUGCUGUGCUGCCGACUGCCAACUGCCAACUGCCCACUACCGACCACUCGGGAAGAUAUGGCAGGAGCAACUAAAGCAAAGGAGGUGGGUUAUGUUCCUAGUCCUGAUUUUGAAGAGGAUAAUAAGGAAUCACUUAUUGAUAUCGAGAUGAAUGAAGAUACUGAACUAUGGUUCAUUCAAUUUGCUGAUGAUCAAUUACCUGAUUUUGAUGGCCAAAAAGUGUCAUUGGAGCUUGAUUCAGACGGACGUUUGGGUAGUGUUGAAGAUAAAUCUGGCAAAGUUUACCAUUUGCUCAAUUAUCCUGCUCAGACAUCUGAUAUAACGGUCUUUCUAUCCUCUCCAUCAGGGCCUAAAGUUGCCGGAAAGAUUUCGCGGCAUGUUUCACUUGUCCGUUACCCAGACCCGAAAGAAGUAUUAGCUUACGAGAAAAAAGCAGUUGCGACUUCAACGAAUACUUCGCAUCAGAUUGCAACACCUUCGAGUAGUCAUAAAACUUCACAUUCACAAAGUAAGAGCCAAUCGAACCGUAGCAGCAAAAGAAGCUUUCAGUCUGGAGUCACUGAUGUAUCAGGCCACUCAAAACGAAGCAACUCUAAGACAUCCAGGUUAAGCAAUCAAUCUACUCAAGACAUGGGACGAGGUCGCAGUGAUGUUACGAUUUCAGGGUCUUCCGAGCUGUCUAAGCGGAAAAAGUCGAGCAAGACUAAUAGUGAAGCUUGAUUGAGUUUGUUAUAUUGGUGUAUUUGUAUGACAUGCAUUUCAAGACAAUGUUCCAAAUUGAUGGAUGUUCUUAGAAAUUGCAUUUUUUGCAAAAGUAGUAUCUAAUGUUAAGAUCACCACGUGGAUUUAAAAAAAAUAUUUGUGGAAAAGCCAAAAAUUCAGGGUCACUACAUAUAAUUUCUCGAU